UCAUUUUUUCAGUUCAAGUUUUACAUUUUUACUAAACCCCAUUUUCUAGGAUUUGCAAAAGGUUCCGUCUUUGAAAACCCAUAGAUUUUUUCUUUUGUUUCUCCUUGAUUGGUUACAGUUCAAGUUUACAUUUUUACUCAUGUUCUAGGAUUCACCAAAAUUUCCAUCUUUGAAAACCCGGAAGUGUUUUUGGAUUUGUGAUUCUGGGUUUUGCUUGUUUUUGUGACUUCUUGAUUGGUUGAUUCAUGGCUCAGUUAAGGUUCAUUGUUUUUUCUUUUGUGCUUUCAAUUUGCCGUACUUGUUUUUGUUCUUCUUUUGGAGAUCAAAAUUUGGAUAAAAUCACCGAGUUACCUGGACAGCCAAAGAAUGUUGAAUUUAAUCAGUAUUCAGGAUAUGUGACAGUAAAUGAACAAGCUGGAAGGGCAUUAUUUUACUGGUUGAUUGAGUCACCAGUAAAUCGUAGACCUGAGACAAGACCACUUGUUUUGUGGCUCAAUGGAGGACCUGGUUGCUCUUCUGUUGCUUAUGGAGCAGCUGAAGAGAUUGGUCCUUUUCGCAUUAUGCCUGAUGGAAAGACCCUUUACUUGAAUCAUUAUGCUUGGAAUAAUUUGGCAAAUAUGCUAUUCCUUGAAUCUCCAGCUGGAGUUGGCUUUUCAUACACAAACACGACAUCAGAUUUAUACACAGCCGGUGACAGGAGAACUGCUGAAGAUGCAUAUGCUUUUUUGAUUAAUUGGCUUGAAAGGUUCCCACAAUACAAGCAUAGAGAUUUCUACAUUGCUGGAGAAAGUUAUGCAGGUCAUUAUGUUCCUCAAUUGUCUCAAAUUGUUUAUGAAAGAAAUAAAGGGGUUCAGAAUCCUGUCAUCAAUUUCAAGGGAUUUUUGGUUGGAAAUGCUGUCACUGAUGACUACCAUGAUUUUGUUGGCACAUUUGAGUACUGGUGGACUCAUGGUUUGAUAUCUGAUUCAACGUAUAGAAGUUUGCGAGUUGCCUGUGACUUGGGAUCCUCUAUGCAUCCAUCCUUGCAAUGCAUGAAUGCUCUCAAAGUUGCUGAAGUCGAACAAGGAAACAUUGAUCCAUAUAGCAUCUUCACACAACCCUGCAAGGAUACCGCAACUUUAAGACACAACACGAGGGGUCAUUAUCCAUGGAUGUCAAGAGCCUAUGAUCCAUGCACUGAGAGGUAUUCUAAGGUCUACUUUAAUCGCCUAGAAGUCCAGAAGGCACUUCAUGCAAAUGUAACCGGUAUUUCUUAUCCUUGGCAAACAUGCAGUGAUAUCGUUGGAAAUUACUGGGCGGAUGCUCCUCUCUCUAUGCUUCCUAUAUACAAAGAACUAAUUGCUGCUGGUCUGAGGAUAUGGGUAUACAGUGGAGACACUGAUGCAGUUGUUCCUGUGACCGCAACUCGAUACUCCAUUGAUGCCUUGAAGCUAGCAACUAUUACCAAUUGGUACCCUUGGUAUGACAAUGGGAAGGUUGGCGGGUGGAGCCAAGCAUACAAAGGGCUGACAUUUGUGACAGUGACUGGAGCAGGCCAUGAGGUUCCACUCCAUCGCCCCCGUCAAGCUUUCAUUCUUUUCAGAUCAUUUUUGGAGAACAAGCCAAUGCCAAGUUAAAAGUCCUGUUAGUGCUACUAUUCAUUUCCCUGCCAAAAAAAAAAAGUUAUAGAAUUGUUCAUAUACCGGGCCACAAAAAGAAUUCAUAAAAAAAGAAAGCAUUCUUCUCGAGUGCCCUUCCAUUCUUGCCUACUCAGUUCCUUUUCCUUGAUGCAGAGAGAUUUGGUGUAUGAAGUAGAAUACAACUCUGCCAAAUUGUGGAAUAUUUGUAUGAAAUC